AUGAUGGAAUACAUUGGAGCCACGGGUGCCCCAAUUUCGUUCUCUGAGGUCCCGAUCGACCCCGCCAUCGACUUCAACUUCCUCCUGGGUUUCGCAAUCGACGCGGACGCAUCGGGGAAGCCCCAAAAUGGCGUUUUCUCUCCUUACUGGACUUCUACUCUCACGCCGCAAAGCGUCCGAGAUACCAAAACCAACCACUCUAAUGUCAAAGUCCUCGCGAGCCUCUCGGGUUGGAGCGUCAACAACAAGGUUCUUUCGUGGUACAAUCCGAUCGACACUCGUUCGUGGAUCUUUAACGCGUUUACUUCUCUUCAAACCCUUAUUGCCGAGUACAGCCUAGAUGGGAUCGACAUCGACUACGAGAACUUCCCAAAGAACGACGCGACCUUCGCAUUCUGCAUUGGCGAGCUGAUCACCAUGCUCAAGAACCAUAGUGUGAUCACCGUAGCCACAAUUGCACCGUAUUACAGGACCGUUAGUCACUAUGUUGACCUAUAUCUGCGAUACGGCAGUGUCAUCGAUUACGUGAAUCACCAGUUCUACACUGAUCGUGUGCGGUUACCGAUCGGAUAUCUAAAUGAUUUUAGGACACGAGCGAAGCAAUUCAAUGCGACCAAAUUGCUACCAAGUUAUGAAGUGAAUGGAAGGGGAAUACAAGGAGAAGCAUUUUUUGAAGCGUUGAAGUUAUUGGAGGAUAAAGGUUUUGAUGUUAACGGAGUAAUGAUCUUCUCUGCCGACGCCUCUAUUUCGAAUAGCUUCUACUAUGAAAGGAGAGCUCAAGGAUUCUUGCUUAAUUCUACAUUUCAAAGAGAAGUUGUUGUUAGUUUACUAGACUAA